UUGGUUUGCUUCACAAUGAUAUUGACAUUCUAUACUUUACAAGAAUAGUGGUUCAAUAAUAGCCCUAUAAUGAAAGGCGACGGCAAGAAAUUUUACCUGAAAGACAAAGCUCAGGGCUUCAGCAUUAACCAGGAAGUGGUUUUGAGGAAGUUUGUUGAACACUUAAAGAAAGUCUAUCAGCUAAACGUUGGUUGCGACCUACCAUAAACAAAAAGAAGAAGAAACUUAACAGAUAAAAGGGGCGGCUUUGACCUGAGAGCCAGUCGAGCUCUGUCUAAAAUGCCCCUGUUUCGGGGGGACCAUGCAAUGAAGCCCCAACCCAAGUGGAGGAAACUGGGGCGCAGAAGGAUUACAGAUGAUGAACCUGUGCCGUCUCUGACUCAGCUUUGUCUUCUGAGUCUGGCUGACAACAUGAAGGAGGUGUGGGUGAAAGAUUACGCAGACAAGUAUUUGGACCACUAUUCUUUCAGACACAUCAUGGGACCUUUCAAUUUGCUGUCAGGGGAUCUCGUUGAGGAGCUGACACAAUUACUGUGCACAAGAAAGCAACUUUCCCGUGCUGCUCUCCAUCUUCUGUUGGUGCCCCAGCUGAGAGGCUUAUCCCUGGAGAGAUGUCCUGGUCUGGUCACCUCGUCCCUGUGUGCCCACAUCUCUGCACGUUGCCAGGCAUUGCACAGACUCAGCCUAUCUGGAGCUCAGCAGAUGCCGUCAAAGGUGCUCUCUGACGCCCUGUACUGUCUGCCUGCGCUGCGUUCACUUUCCCUGGCUGGAACACCAUGUGACAGCGCUGUGAUUAGGACCAUCACCCUCCGUUGCCCUUUGCUGCGCCAUUUGGAUGUAUCUCAAUGUCAUUUUCUUCCCCCAUCCGCUCUACUUCUGCUUGGAGGUUUCUGUCCUUCAUCAAACUGUGUGUCUUCCAGUACAUCUGUGUCUGGCCUACCGCUCUGUAGUUUAUUUGCUGUUGAUAUUGGAUUUGGAGACUCUGCAAUGGUGGCUGCCUACCUCCUCCUCUCUUUGCCACACCUUGAGAGAGUGGCCAUGGAGGGACUCUCACAGGCUUUCUUGCUGAUCCAGAACAGGCACUUUGCACUGGCAGAUGAAAUCUCCACUCAAGAAGGACUACCCAGGUUGGAGGAUGUGUGGAAGAAUGCUUGGAGCAAGAGGAAAAUGGAAACUGAAGAAGACAAUCACACACUAUUGGAUAGUGAUGCUAGUGAGAGUGAAGAUGAGGCAGCCACAUGCUCCUAUAGUCUUGCAAAUGAUGAACACCUAACCCUGCACAUAAGAGAUGUUAAAGCCAUAACAUGUGAUUGUCUGGUUAGUUUGGGCUGUUUAUGUCCAAACAUCAAUUCCCUAUCUGUGAUCAUUGAGGAGGAAAAUGGAGGACAAUUCCAAGCAUCUAUCUUAGCCACAGGCCUGCAGCCAUGGUCAGGUCAGCUGUGGAGUCUAUCAGUACAACACCAAGGCCCUCUGCAGGACCUCCUUCCAGCCUUGCAAGUGGCAGGAGCUUCCCUGGUAUCCCUCACUUUGGAAGGAGUGAGAACACACCCUCGCUCUCUGCUGGAGAUCAUCCGCAUCUGUACCAGACUUGAAGAAUUAGUCAUCUGUGCAGAGCCUCCCACCACACUGGCAAAUGAAGUGGAAGAUGUAGUACAGCGAAAUGAGCGUGAUCUUCCAUGUCUGCCCAACCUUAGCUCUCUGGCAUUGAAUUACUCUUAUGAGCACAGCCAAAUGAUGCCUCUCAUCUGCGGGUCACCUUCCUUGAUGAAGGUGAUCAUGUGUCUCCUGACUGGGUCUCCUUUACUUGAGAAACUCUCCUUGGUCUCUUUGCCGUGCCCCCUGAACGGCAUUCUUCAAUGUGUCCUGGAUUUCAACAAAUUUUCAGCUUCUGCCAACUGUGUUCCCAAACCACUGGGAAGACUACAACGACUUAACCUGCAAAGAACAAAUGUAAAGAUGAAGACUGUGAACAAUAUUAUGCAGCGGAGCAAGAGACUGAAGUAUGUAGAUGUGAGUCACUGCUGGCAAAUCAGUCAGCAAGAGUGGUCAUACUGUAAGAAAUCAAGCACAGUCGAAGUCGUCUGGGUGUAGUGCGGAGUCAGUUGUCCAUGCAUCUGUUUUCUUGGCCUCAUUUGGGUUGUGAGCGAGCUGGAGACUGGUGGGAGGUCAGGUGCACUCUGGACUGGUCACCAGCCAAUCAUAGGAUACAUAUAGACAAACAGACAUUCACACUCACAAUUUGAAGUUUAUAUUAAUAACAAUAAUACAUUUUAUUUAUAUUGCACUUUACAUUACAGAAAUCUCAAAGUGCUACAAAGAAAGCAUAAAAUGUACAGUUUAAGUUAAGUUUCCACUUAACCUAAACUUGCAUGGAUUUGGACUGUAGGUGGAUGUGCUAACCACUGACUUGCAAAAAUUUGCAAUUUGAAUAUUUCAUCUGCAAAGCACUAAAUUGUUUAAAAUCAUUGUGAUUUCACAAUGAGGAAAGAAAACAAAUGGUACUAGGAAACUACGUUUAGAAUGAAUUAUGCAGUGAGUGAGCAUCUUCCCACCUUAAGAGUGGUAGACACCUUACAUAUCUUACCAUAUCUUACCAUAUUUACAUUUUUGUCUUACAGUAUUUACAUUUCCAUUCUACUGUCGUCUCGAUUGUGCAUUAAAUCUUGGUUAAAAAGGCAAACUUUAAAUAUAUAACUCAAUAAUUAUUUGUCAUUAUACAGUGUACACUAUUAAUAUACUAUAAAAGUAUGAAUUCAUCUGAAUGUAUGUACUGUAAGUGACUGAUGACGAAUCUAGAUACUUUAUUUUUCUGCUGGAGAGUUUUCCAAUAUGCUGAAAGCACUUAAUUGUUCUGUAUUUUGUGUUCUGAUGUGGAGCUAUACGCAUCCAAAGUGUGAAUGUGAAAGUGCUAUUGCAUACUAUAUUCACCAGAAGACUGUGCUACUGACGAACCACAUCCGUCAUGCUUGUGUAAACCAUACAAUAAACACUGCAUAAUUUG